AGAGCUACAACAUGGCGUCAGCGUCUUCUCAGGAGGAGGACUCCUUCACUUGUCCAGUCUGUCUGGAGCUGUUGAGGGAUCCGGUGACUAUUCUCUGUGGACAUAAUUUCUGUAUGAGGUGCAUUAAUGGCUGGUGGGAUCAGGAGGACAGGAAAAGGAAAUACAGCUGCCCCCUGUGCAAACACACCUUCGACUCCAGACCUGUCGUCUACAAAAACUCUCUGAUUGCUGAAAUAGUGGAGAUGUUCAGGAAGACAAUCAUCCAAACUGCUGCUACUGCUCGCCGCUAUGUUGGACCUGGAGAUGUGGCAUGUGACGUCUGCACCAAGAGAAAACUCAAAGCUGUCAAGUCCUGUCUGGAGUGUCUGAUGUCUUUCUGUGACACUCAUUUAAAAACUCACAAUGAACUUCAUGGUGAAUAUCACACCAUCGUUGAUGCCACAGGCCAGCUACAGGAGAGGAUCUGUCCGCGUCAUAAGAAGCCUUUUGAAAUAUUCUGUCGCACCGACCAGAGUUGCAUCUGCUAUCUGUGUACAAUGGACGAUCAUAAAGGCCACGACACGAUCACGGCUACGGCGGAAUGGGGGCAGAAAAAGGAGGGGUUGGGGCAGAGCCAGAGGAGAUGCCAGCAGAUAAUCCAGUUGAAGGAGAAGGAGCUGCAGGAGCUGAGGAAGGCUGUGGAGACUCUCAAGUCUGGUGCAAAGACAGCUGUGGAGGACAGUGAGAGGAUGUUUACUGAGAUGAUCCGCUCCAUUGAGAGAAGGUGCUCUGAGGUGACAGAGCUGAUCAGAGCUCAGGAGAAGGCUGAGGUGAGUCGAGCUGAAGGACUCCUGAAGCGACUGGAGCAGGAGAUUGCUGAGCUGAAGAAGACAGAUGCUGAGAUGAAGCAGCUUUCACUGACUCAGGAUCCCAUCUACUUUCUCAAGUCUCACUUCACUCUGGAUCCAAAUACAGCACUUGAAGAACUCCAUCUGUCUGAGGGGAACAGGAGGGUGGAGUGGAUACCUGGGGCCCCUCAGCCAUAUCCUCGUCAUCCAGAAAGAUUUAAUGAGUAUCCUCAGGUGCUGUGUAGAGAGGGUGUGUCUGCACGCUGCUACUGGGAGGUUGAGUGGAGUGGAGGGGUUUUUAUAGCAGUGUCAUAUAAAAGCAUCAACAGGAAAGGAGGGAGUGCUGAGUGUGUGUUUGGACGUAAUGAUCAGUCCUGGAGGCUGGACCUCACCAGCUCCAGCUCCUCUUUCAGACACAAUAAUAAACAGACUGCACUCCCUCUAGUGGCCAGCUCCAGAAUAGGAGUGUAUGUGGAUCACAGGGCAGGAACUCUGGCCUUCUACAGCAUCUCUGGAGACACAAUGACCCUCCUGCACAGAGUCCACACCACAUUCACACACACACUCUACCCUGGGUUUUUGUUAACUAAAGGAUCAUCAAUGAAGCUGUUGUGA